AAUGAAAGCGCGACCAAAUGUGUGCCCUUGCUGCUCUCCUGAGAACCGGUAGUCCUUCCCUCCUCGCUCAGUCGAAUCGACGAAGAGGGGAACUCCAUACGGAGACGGAGAGCCUGUGCAGGUGUGGACUACAGUGCAUAUGCGCACCGCGAGAAGCGACGACCCUUGAGGAGAAAACAGCUGACGCACGAUGUCUUUGCUGGAAACUGGAUGCGGGAAGCGAGGUGAUCGACUCGGAGUUGGAGAAUGCCGAUUGCGAAGCAGUGGUCGUCCGCCUGCUUCCCGGGCUCUGUCGAUGAUGUCGCACAGGGGCCUCCUAAAGCGUCGCGUGCUGUGCGGCAAGUGUCAAAAGCGCUCUCCGAGGUCACCCUCUGAUUGUCUCAGAUCUGAAGUGGAUAGAGUCAAGCGACGAGUUUGACUGUGAGUCCGAAAUAUCAUCGAAGAGGCAGUGCUUGUUUCCUUGUUUUUUAGCCGAGUUGGCACAGUAUUGGAGUUGGACAGGGGCGGUGACCUCGUUUAUGAAAGUCAGCGGGCGAAGCAGACAAUGAAGAAGACGCGUGGUCAGAAACAGGGUCCGAAGGAGACGCAAACGGACCUCCGAGGAAUGGCAAGGUCUUCACUCAAGCCGACGAAGAUGGCCAGAGUUUCGAAGGAGACCUUACUAGUGCGAACCGCGUCGCGUCGACGCAGGCAGUCGAAGACUUCUCUGGAGAUGAAUGGGAGAUUCCAGAGGAGACUUCGCCAGCAGAGAGGAUGUCGGCGAGGACACCAACCCCUCCCGGCGGAACACCGGGAGACUGCUGCGGAGAUGGAAAUGAGGAAAAAAUCUUCGGUCGAUUCGCAGCCCUCCACGCGAAGGAGCAAGCCGUGUGUUAACCUCUGACUCAGGUGCCCAGAGACAUGCAGGCGCCUCCUUUGGAGCAGUCGGUCCAAGCGCCGAAGCUGCCGCAGCGGUCCUGAAGCCAACCUCCAGCCAAGCUACCACCGGAAAUGUUGCCCUUUAUCGCCCCUCAUCCGCAAUGGUGCCGUCGCUUCGCCUAUGACUUUAAAACGCCAGCGAAGAGUCUGUCCAUGGUGCCGCAACCCGAGCUGUCAUUCUACGACGCGGUGGUUGUGGAGCGGCACCGGGUUGCUCCUGACGGAAAUUGUCAAUUCCGUUCCGUCAGCUACGCGUUGCUAGGCACAGAGGAUGCCCAUGCGGAAAUCCGGCAAGAGGUGGCUCACUACCUGAGGGGCAACUUUAAUCGGCUUGGCUGGCUGAUAAACCCGGACACGCUGGAGGAAGACGAGGGGAGAAUGGCUCGGCUCGACAAGAAAUACAGAGUCAGAAUUCCGUACAAGACGUACAAAGGCUAUACCCUGGCAGAAGACGAGCUCAAACUUAAUUGGGUUAUCAGGCUUGGAGACGCACGAUACAGGAUCUGGGGUGACGAGUGCACUCUCGCUGUGAUGGCGGAGAUGUACAACAUCCGGAUCGUUGUUGAGCAACAAGAAGGCGACGGGCGUCGGGCAACCAAAAUGGGUUCGCAUGCAGUCCAGGUUAUCAUACCAUACGAUGUGGUUCCUGAGGCAUGCAUCCCGACGAUUUUCCUGAUCUACGACAUUCAGCGUCAACACUACGACGUGGUCGAAAAGGUCAAACCCAGGUGAAAAACGUCACUCGCCCAAGCUCAACAAUUUCCAGCGCAAGCAUACGCCAAGACCGGAUGUUCGUGUCAUGUUUUUUCACGUUUAUCACUUUUUGUAAAUGAGCAUCUUUCCCCAGGCGGGGUGUCUGUAAUACCACGCCCCCUAUCAGCAGUUUUCUCCAUGGUUCCCAAACAUGGAGUAAGUCUGACUGACUUGCGUUGAUGUGUCAUGUUGCUGUGUAACUGUUCUCUACGCUUUGGUGUUCUUCUCUCCGUCGACCACAAUGACCACGAGACGAUGUAUUGCUGUGUGUGCGUUAGACUUUUCAUAAAUCUUUUUUUU